ACAGUACUUGAGUAACCAACGCACUGAAUUGUCAGAGCACACGUUAUUCUGUCCAGCAGAUGGAGCUCCAGGUCCUGGCAGGGAUGACUGGAGGAGCAGGGGAGCAGAACCACGGCCCCUCCUGUGCGCUGCGCCCAGGCGUUGUUUUCCUCUGCUGGACGAUGAGAUGAGGUGCGUAAAGAGGCGCCAACGCACCGCACCGCACCGCACCGGGUUGAGGAGGCAGCUAAUGAGCAGACCAGACAGACAGCCCCUGUCCAAGAGAUCCACGCAGCGUCUCAGAGCCGCGGAGACCAUGAAGACGAACGGCAGACUGAGGAGUAAAGAUUCACCUGCAGACUGAGUGAAGAGGCAGGAUGGCGGGGGGUCGGAGGGGACUUGUGGCCCCUCAGAAUACUUUUUUGGAGAAUAUUGUGAGACGGUCGAACGUUUGGACACUGUCACAUAGACAGACAGAUACCAACUUUGUGCUGGGAAACGCUCAGAUAGUGGACUGGCCCAUCGUCUACAGCAACGAUGGUUUCUGCAAGUUGUCGGGGUAUCACAGAGCAGAGGUGAUGCAGAAAAGCAGCACCUGCAGCUUCAUGUACGGGGAGCUGACAGACAAGGACACAACGGAAAAAGUGCGACUAACAUUCGAGAAUUAUGAGAUGAACUCAUUUGAAAUACUGAUGUACAAGAAAAACAGGACGCCUGUUUGGUUUUUUGUGAAGAUUGCUCCCAUUCGAAAUGAACAAGAGAAAGUGGUCCUGUUUCUCUGCACGUUCAGUGACAUAACGGCCUUUAAACAGCCCAUUGAAGAUGAUUCUUCCAAAGGUUGGGGAAAGUUCGCACGACUGACUCGAGCUCUAACAAGCAGUAGAGGAGUCUUACAACAACUGCAGCCCACAGUUCACAAAGGAGAGAACGUCCACAAGCACUCGCGCUUAGCUGAGGUACUGCAGCUCGGCUCAGAUCUCCUGCCUCAGUACAAGCAGGAGACCCCCAAAACCCCUCCUCACAUCAUCCUGCACUACUGCCUCUUCAAGACCACAUGGGACUGGGUCAUCCUCAUCCUCACCUUCUACACGGCCAUCAUGGUGCCCUACAACGUCUCCUUUAAGACAAAGCAGAACAACGUUACGUGGCUGGUAGUGGACAGCAUCGUGGACGUCAUCUUCUUGGUGGACAUUGUUUUAAACUUCCACACCACAUUCGUUGGACCCGCUGGCGAGGUCAUCUCAGACCCAAAGCUGAUCCGAAUGAACUACCUGAAGACCUGGUUUGUUAUCGACCUGCUGUCCUGCCUGCCGUACGACGUCAUCAACGCCUUCGAGAACGUAGACGAGAAUUGGAACCACCGAGCUGUCACUCAAGGGAUCAGCAGUCUGUUCAGCUCACUUAAGGUGGUCCGGCUUCUCCGUCUGGGUCGGGUUGCCCGUAAACUGGAUCACUACAUAGAGUACGGGGCAGCUGUACUGGUCCUGCUGGUGUGUGUUUUUGGUCUGGCUGCCCACUGGCUGGCCUGCAUUUGGUACAGCAUUGGUGAUUAUGAAGUUAUUGAUGAAGAAACCAACAUUGUGCGCAUGGACAGCUGGCUCUACAUCCUCGCUGAGACGGUGGGCACACCGUACCGCUUCAACGCCAGCGGCUCAGGGAAGUGGGAGGGCGGGCCGAACAAGGACUCUGUCUAUAUCACCUCCUUGUACUUCACCAUGACCAGCCUGACGAGCAUCGGCUUUGGAAACAUCGCCCCAACGACAGACGGAGAGAAAAUCUUUGCUGUGGCCAUGAUGAUGAUUGGAUCCCUGCUUUACGCCACCAUCUUUGGUAAUGUUACAACGAUCUUCCAGCAGAUGUACGCCAACACAAAUCGUUACCAUGAGAUGCUUAACAGCGUUCGAGACUUCCUCAAGCUCUACCAGGUUCCCAAGGGCUUGAGUGAAAGAGUUAUGGACUACAUUGCCUCCACCUGGUCCAUGUCACGGGGUAUAGACACUGAAAAGGUGUUGCAGAUUUGUCCAAAAGACAUGAGAGCAGAUAUUUGUGUUCAUCUCAACCGGAAGGUUUUUAAAGAGCACCCAGCCUUCCGGCUGGCCAGUGAUGGGUGUCUCCGAGCUCUGGCCAUGGAGUUUCAGACCAUCCACUGUGCUCCCGGUGACCUGAUAUACCACGCUGGUGAAAGUGUGGACAGCCUCUGUUUCGUGGUGUCAGGAUCACUGGAGGUCAUUCAGGAUGACGAGGUGGUGGCCAUUUUAGGUAAGGGAGAUGUAUUUGGGGAUGUUUUCUGGAAAGAGGUGACUCUGGCUCAAGCCUGUGCAAACGUCCGAGCUCUGACCUACUGUGACCUCCACGUCAUUAAACGUGACGCUCUGCAGAAGGUGCUGGAGUUCUACACAGCAUUUUCCAACCACUUCUCUAGAAAUCUGCUGCUCACUUACAACCUGCGAAAAAGGAUCGUCUUCCGAAAGAUCAGUGAUGUGAAACGUGAGGAAGAGGAGCGACAGAGGCGUAAAAAUGAAGCCCCUCUGAACUUGCCACCUGAUCACCCAGUUCGAAAACUCUUCCAGCGCUUUCGGCAGCAGAAGGAGGCACGUAUGGCAACUGAGAAACCAGAACUAGAUGAACACGAUAUCGAGAAAGGCCCCGUGUACGUGGACGUCCCAAUGGCUAACACAGCCAUUACAACUACCAGCAUCGUCACAGUAACAGAAAGCCCAGCAACACCCUCAUCUUCAACACCUUCGUCUUCAACACCCGCCAAAUGUGCUCCGUCAGACAAGGCAAAGCUGCAGGUGCCGUCUUCCAUUUCUCUGGUAGGAUGCCGGCCUGCUGAACCAGUUAAAGUCAAAGGCUGGGGUCGCUUCAAGGAGUCCAUGGCCAAAGCUGACAACUGGAACAAAGUGUCUAAAGCCGAGUCCAUGGAGACUUUACCUGAACGGACCAAGGUGCACGAAUCACAGAUAUCUCUAAAGAAGACAGACUCUUGUGACAGCGGUAUCACCAAAAGUGACCUACGUCUGGACAAAGUGGGUGACUUCCGCACGACACCCCAGGACCGCAGUCCUGUCCAGCCUCCGGAGACCAGGCACGCCUUCUACCCCAUCCCAGAGCAAACGCUUCAGGCCUCGCUUCAGGAGCUCAAGCUGGAGCUGAAGGACGACCUCAAGAACCUGAACGUUCGAAUGUCCAGCCUGGAGGCGCAACUCACAGAAGCACUCAAAAUCCUCAGAGCGAGAAAAUCAAGUGCUGGCUCUCCGCAGCAUCUUUUUGACAUUUCUAGACCUGCUUCGCCGGAAAUGGACAAAGAGGACAUCUUCUCUUGAAGGAUGGAAUAAUCAUCAGGCAACAGUUAACUGUGAACUCAGCUGGAAUCCAGUAAUAUCCAGGUUACUUGGAUUGCUGAGGCUGCACUGGGCGCACCAUUUAGAUUAGGCAACAGUGUGGUCUUCAAGACGCACCAGCCGUUAUCGUAGGGGUGUACCUGUCGGUUAACCCGGGAACGUUGUGUUGAGAAAUUUAAGGUCAUAGCCCAGAUUUUGGUGUCAUAACACUGAAAAUCCGAAGGUUACAUAAAAACUGACAGCUAUAUGUUUGUACAUAAGUUUGAUUUAUUUUUCCAUUGCACUAUAAUGGGAAAAUAGCUAUAGAGGUUUGAUUUUAUCUCAAGUUCAAAAUCUGCUCAGAUUUUGAGCCUCAACAGAGGAACGUGGUUGUAUCCCUUCGGGAAGGCUCCAGUAGAAACAGCAUGAUCCACUGGUUUGUUAGUGAAUCAUUUGUAUGAGCUUCUUUGCAUGUCACAUAAAACAGACAUGUGCCUGAAAUUGCAGAUGGUGCAUAUUUGAUUAAUUGAGGCAGCACGUUGAGUCAUUUUCAUUAUUUCACAGUGACGGUGAAAAAGGACAGUCUUUGCAAAUGUUGAAACAGUGUCAGUAAUUUCCUCCAGCAAUUGAUGAACUCUCUUAUUAUAUCAUCUGCCACAAUCAUUAUGAAUUAUACAACAGAUAACUCUAAAUCUAAAUCAUCUUUCAGCAGAGUUUAUAAUUUCCAUAAACCAUAGAUAGAUGUGCUUGAGGAAAAAUGAAAUGCAAUGUUAAAUAGUGUGGCAGCAGUAAACAAGUUGUCCAUCUUUCCUAAUAUCUAGUAUUUGUUAUUCUCAUAUAUAAACACUACAGCCACAUACUUGAUACAUAUAUGUAUGUGACAGUCAUACUCGGCACCAACUGAUGCAUGGCUGUGCCCCCCUUACUUAUUUUAAAACUGACAUGAACAUAGUAAGGAAUGCUUUUUUGCAUAAUAUUUCUGAAAUAAAAUUUAUUUAUGUAAAAUAAAACAGGCUGUCAUAAAAUGACAGAGGCUUGUUCCUGGAAACAAACCUAAAUAUAUGUGGACUGAUUAACUGGAAUCUGUUUUGGAGAUGAUUUUUGCUUCUAAUGGCCACAUUUUUACACCAGUUUGCAUGCAUGAUUUAAUGUCUGUCCGUCCUCAUGUUCACUUGAGAGAAAAAAUUCCCCCAUGACCACAUGAUACAAGCUGACUAUUAAUAAGGGGCAAAGAUCAAAAAUGUCAUUUUGGCUCACAUGUUCACGCUAAGUGUUUACAAUGCAGGCAAUUUCUUUCAGAACUCCAAUUUCUUUAUUUGAGGCCAAUAUUUGGAGGCAAUAACUUUGUUUUGGUCUCCACAAACUUGCACACGUUCCCUAAAUGUUUCUUUCAUCUGGAGACAACCAUCACCAUCUGGGUGCUACUGCUUUGGUCUGUAACUAACAAUGUUUUCACCAUCUAUUAAUCUGCAGAUUAUUUUCUUAGGUUAUCGAAUGUAGUGAAAAAACAGCAACUUCACAGAAGUUCAAACUUCUCAGUGCCCAAGGUGACGUCCUCAAAUUGCUUAAUUGGUGAAACCACCAGUAGAAAAACCCAAAGAGAUUUUAUUUACCAUCAUAUAUGACGAAUAAAAGCUGUGAAUCCUCACGUAUGGAGCGUCACACUAGCAAGUGUUGCUGCUGAUUAAUUUUCUUUCCAUCAAUUAAUUAACUAAUUGUUGUUGCUGCUGCUGAAAAAAAGAAAAAUAAUAUUGUGAAGAAAUAAUUUACAGAAAAUGUGCACAAUUUCAUGUAUUUUCAUCUAACUAAUGUUAAUUACACAAGAAUGUAUAAAAACAAAAUUAAGAUGAGAUUUUUUUUUACCUUUUUUAAUGCAUUACAAUACACCAGACCUGUGCAGAAUAAUCUAGUCAAAAUAACUCAUAAAUGUUCAAAAGCUAAUAGACAAUGUUUUUCAAUGUAUGUCAUGACAUUGACAUUGUAAUUUAAUUUGACAUUUUAACUCAGUUUCAGUUUCACCACAAAACACGUACAAAAUAAAGAAAAUAGAUGUUUAAAAUUCUUUUAAAUGAGGAUUGUCUCAGAUGUUAUGCCCAACAAUUACUAAUAAAUACCAAAAUUAUAUACUAUUUUACCUGCCAAAUUACAUUGAAACCACAAUAAAUCUCUGUAAACGAAUGUGAUAUCAUUGUAUUGUUAAAGUGGCAACUAAAAUUGUUCCUUCAUUCAUUACACAACCCUAAUCCAUAGAAAAUGCAUCAAACUCUUAUGUAAAGCAGAACAUUGAGUUCUGUUAUCAAGCAAUAAUAAUAAUACAUAUUUAACUGUUACAAAAAGUAACAAAAGUCUAGUAACCAUUAAAUAUGACUCAUUUUCAACUGUUUUUGCAGUUUUACAGAUUAAUGGGUUUAUGCUCAUUGCUGAUAAGGAAGUGCAGAAUAUAUUAAUUGCAAUCAGUAGUCUGAUUUUAACAGUAGUUAUACUAGUGUUUCUAAAACAAAUUAUUUUUAACUGUGCACAGAACUCAGAAGCACCUCUGGUAGAAACAGGAGCUUUGCUGCUUCUUGCUCCAGUCUAUCUUUAGUAUACAGUAUAAGUAUUCUUUUUUUACAUGGCAAAAACCAAUAACCACUAUUCUUUAUUAUUUAUUAUUCAUAUGGAUAAUUUAUGUCCCCAGCAUGUCUUCUUUCUUAUCGAGACAAAAGACAAGCUGAGAAGAAAAAUACUUUUUUUUUUUUUUUUUUUCUCCAGCACAUUCCCUAGCUUACAUUUCCAUCAAAAAUUCAACCUACUAAAAAUAAAUGGGCAUGUCAUCACAGAAGUGAGAACUCCUUUGGGUUACAGCCAGUGUUUGACAGUCUUUAUGGGUCUGCUAAAAUCACGUUGCUCUGACUCCAUCACAGAAUUCCUAAAUCUGCUGCUCACACACACGUGAAGCGUUCAGAAAUCAAAGGGAGGGAAGAAAGAGGCCUGACAUUAACACAGGGAUUUAGUCACCCAAGUGAAAGAGAGGAUCUACAAAUUAUAACGGCAGUCUUUAUCAAUCUCCAAAUGUUUGAUGGCUUUAAAGCUGCAAACAAAUUUGGUACAAAGUUAUUACAUUAUUAUUACAUGAUCGCUCUUUUCCAGUUACGACCGACUGACACGGCACAAAGUCAUAGAUGUGAUAAAAACGCUGUAAAAAUAAUAUCCCUUAAGUGAUAAUGUUUUACGGUUAAUAUAAAGUUAUCCAAAAGACAUUGUGGAGAUUUAAUUUCUGUAACUGUGGUUUUGGUUUUCCACAAUUAAACUAAUAAAACACUUGCACUCAUGACAGGACGAUCUGAACCAAGUUCCUUCCCAGCACCGAAGGACACAUCCAGUAAUGUCACUGAGGUAAAAUGUUUAAUGUUGUAUUUGCAGCUGUGCUUGACAUUAGAAGAUUGUCAAAUACCCACACUAUUUUUUUUUUUUAAACUAAGUAUCACAGUUUAUAUUAAUGCCUGAUGUACAAACAAAAGAAAUUGAAAUUUAGAUUUUAUUUAUUUAUAUUUAGACUCUAGAUUUGCUGACAUAGCCAGAGUCACAACAGUCGCAUAGUUUAAGAUUGUUGUAGCUCAAGGCGGCUCAUAUAGAAACUAUUAUUUAUGUUGGUUUUUUUAACUUAAACUAACCUUAUUGUGCACGUUGUAACAACCAAGAAUUGGUAUUGAAUCCCUCAAAUGAAAGCAUUGGCAUAAAGACUAGAAGCAACAGCUACAGUAGUUUGGCUCUUUUCAAAGUUCAGUGCCUACCAGCUCAUCUAGAACUCGUCAGUUAAUUCAUUUACCUAUCUAUAAUCUUUUUUUGGUCCAAUUGUACAAAAUUAAACAUGUACAAACAAGUUCUGGUCUUACAGGGAGUUAUGUGCCAGUAAGCUAGCAGGCUAGUCAUUUGCCCUGCUUCCAGUCUUUAUGCUACACUUCCAAGGGCAAUAAGUUUGCCUUACUCAAAUGUUUUUGAUUUCGUCUGCACGCAGAUCUUUAAUCUGUAAUAUUACGGCUCACAGCUCUGGAUUAAACUUUACAUCACAUUAUGUGGAGGUCAAAGGUGUAAAUCUUUGAAUGUUACACAACAGUUAAACCACAACUGUUUAUUUAAACAAGUUAAAUAAAUUUUUAAAGGAGCUAUUUGUAAGUUUUGCCAUUGCUACAUUGCUAACGUUAGCAUUAACGGCUGUUUACUAAGCAGUCAAGAAACAUUUUGAGUUCAGCAUCAAACUUCAUUCCUUUACUCACCAACAGCUCUCUCCUUGUUUCUAUGAUCAUUUUUAUCUUCUACUGAAGUUAGCAUGCAAACCAGCUAGCUCUGGCCCGUCAUGUCACUUUCCAAUAGCGGCUCACCGCAGCCUCCAGUCUGCCCUGAAGCUGUAGCGCUGCUCAGAGAGUAUCAUAACCUCUCGUGUCAUAAAGACAUCAAUGGCAGAAGCUCUUGUCAAGUAACAAAAACAGUAACAAUCACCACCUGCUCCCAGCAAGAAACCACAUUCGGCAGCAGAGAAAACUUACAAACAGCCUCUUUAAUAAUACCAACAACAAUGCAAACAACACAACAUAAUGAAGUGCUGACUGUCAUUCUUGUUUUUCAUUAUUUAUGUGAUUCAAUCAUUCUAAUCCCAAACAGAAAAUAUUUAUUUUGUUGAACAGAUUAUUGUUGCAUUGACAAAAAGGGUUUUCUUUGAUGGUACUUUUGGGGGAAUAUUUUCAUUUUAUCCACAAUAAACUGUUUCAAUUCACCAAUGACACAGAUGAAUGACCAGUAAUAUUUGUAAAGUAUGUUUUAUACUUUCAUUUUCAAAUUGGUCUUUUGUGUAAGAGGUUCUGUAUUAUUUCACUUUGCAAAUGUACUAUUUUUCUUUGUUUCUUUAUAUUUCACUUUAUCCAACAGGAACAGAUUAUAUUCAUAAUAAUCAAUAAAACAAAAAUAUCAAAUCUGUUCCAGCUAAAAAUCAGAUUUUGUGUCCAAUAAGAAAGAUGGAGCAGAUGGAGGGUAUUUUCACUUACGCCUCUUUCAGGAGGCUAAAUGUUUUACAAGCACCAUAAAUAUGGCACUAAAAUGGGACGUAGGUGCACUUUAAAAUUCAGAAACAAGAUCCUUGAGAGCAGUGUGUCGUUCUGUGCUGUUGCAUUUAUAAACAGAAGUCAUAAAAGUGACAUGUGACACAUGGAAAAGUGAGAAGGACCUUUACAGUACUGCACUACCAUUUCAUUUAUAUUACAGUCAUCACCUUUGAUUGCUACUGAGAAGCAUGCAGCACUGUGCCUUCAUCAUUUUGCCCCACACCUACAGGAAAGCAGUGUUAAAUAUCCAAAUUACUCUCACUUCUUUGAUUUGAACACAGAACUAUUUUUGUGGUCAGCUCUACAAAGCUGCCUGGUUAUAAAUCCCUGCACACAAACAUAUGUGUAUAUAUAUAUAUACAUACAUAUGCACAGAUUAUAUUGCAAUGUUUAGAUUCUUAAGAGAGAGAAGAGUUUGGACUCUGUGUUAAAGGUUUCAUGUAAUAUGCACAUGCCUCCAUGUUCACACGUCAUGUGAUGAGAAAUGUAACUAUUUCAAGCACAAUGGGAACUUUGUUAUGAACUGUGACAUACUGUGCUAUUCAUAAUAAAUAUUUUAUACAUACUG